GGAGCCGACUCGCUUUCCCCGCCUCCUUCUCUGCUUCAGCCGAGUGGCGGUCCUUUCCUGUCAGGGAAGCAGAAGCAGAAGCAGCAGAAGCGCCUCUUCCUUCCUUCCCUCCUUCCUUCCUCUCGCCCCUCAGUCCAAGGAGGCUGCCUCUUCCUCGCUUCAGUUCUGGGGAAGAACUUCAACGCUUCGGCCAUGAACGGCGCCGGGUCCUGGUUUUGCCUCUGAGGCGAAAGAAGCGCCCAGGCGGGAAAGGCAGACGAGGAGAGAGAGACACACACCGGAGGAGAAGAAGCAGCAGAAGCGGAGACCUUUCCUCUCAGGUAAAAAGAAUCAGGCUCUUUUAGCUCCUGCCAUGGGUUGUGGACUAAACAAGCUGGAAAAGCAUGAUGAAAAGCGGCCUGGUAACAUCUACUCAACUUUAAAGAGGCCUCAAGUAGAAACCAAAAUAGAUAUUUUCUAUGAAUAUCGUUUCUUGGAAUUUACAACUCUAUCUGAUGCUGAGCUACCGGGAUCAUCAGCAAUCAGGCUUUCUUCUUUGCGCGAUCUUCCAGCUCAGCUGCAAGAAUUGUACCAGCAGGGCUUCAUCUUGGCUGCUGUCCAUCCCUUUGUGCAGCCAACUAAUGAGAAUGAAAAGACUCCCCAGGAACAAAUCUUCAGGGCUGUACUGAUCAAGAAAACAGAAAGAUCAUUGAAAAAUGAUGUCAUUGGCGAUGGGAAUGCUUUAGAGAUAGAAAGUUGCUUCUCUUCAGAUCAUCUUUUGGAUAAAUCAAAGAUGCCAGAUCUCAUUAAGAAAAUUCAAGAUGCAGCAAGUCGGGGCUUGAGGUUUGUAGGAAUCAUACCUCAAUAUGAUUCCCAGAUGAACUCCAAGAGCAGCAGUGCUAUAACAUCCACAAGCAGCAGCUCCAGAGAGUUGAAAGGUGACAAAAAUCCAUCAGAGUUUCCCGAAGAUUGUGGUUCACCAGAUCAUGACAGGGCAGAUUGCACGAAUGGCUACAGUGUUUCUGAAGCAAGAGAAGAUGAUGCUGAACAGUGUGUAGACUCCAGUGAAGACCCAGGAGGUGAAGGGCAGGUUACUGAACAUCUCAGUUUAAGCUCAGUUGGGGAAAAUGGAGGCCAUCUUCAAGAAAUAGAGAUCUUCGCUGCCUUCAACAAACCGAAAACUUCUCAGAGGUCUGCCCAGUAUUAUUCUGUGACAAUUCCUGUGAGAAUCAUCAGCAACGGGCAAAGCAUUUGCAGCUUAGAAGCCAAUUGGCUGGAGCACAUGACGGACCACUUCCGGAAAGGGAGCAUAUUGGUGAAUGCCAUUUUCAGCCUUGGAAUAUUGAAUGAUUCCUUUCAGGGCAUGGCAGAUGGGUUGUUCAUCUUCGAAGAUCUCUCUGUGGAUGACAGCAAAAAUAUACAAGGCUAUGAUGCUAUUGUUGUAGAACAGUGGACAGUUCUGGAAGGGGCUCGAGUACAAGCUGAUUAUAUCCCUCUCUUGAAUUCUCUUGCCAUGUAUGGCUGGCAGCUGACUUGUGUGCUUCCCACGCCGGUUGUAAAGACAAACAGCGAUGGGAAUUUAUCCACUAAGCAGAUUGUCUUUCUUCAGAGACCCUUCUUGCCCCAGAAAACCAAGAAGAAACAACCUAAGUUUCACUGGAGGUUCUCCAAGGAGGACAGGCGCCGCAAGCAAGCCAAGAAAUCCCUGAAGGCAAGACUAAGUGCCAGAGAGCAGCAGCAGACAGAAGAAAUGCAAGAGUCCGAAAUGAUAGAAAACGUUAGGAAUUCAGAGACACGGUUCUCCAGAACUGGUAGUGGUUUGCACUUUCCAGUAAUCUCAGAUCAACAGUUGGCUGGUGCCAAAGAUGGAAGAACCGAAGGCCUUGGCUGCAGGGAUGUGCCUGAUUACAACAAUCAAAUGGCUGUAGAAACAUGGGAUGCUGGUCAUGAUGUUGACCAAGACCCAAAUGCCUUGUGUUUGGAUCAGAGAGGCUUCCAGGAAGACUGUGAUGGCCAAAUGUCCCAAGAGCCCUGUGUUGCAGAAAGCAAUGAUGUGGACUAUGGGGCAGAGCUGAUAGAAUCCAGUUUUGAGCCUGCAUGUCAGUUUGACUGAGAAAGGCAAUGUUUUGCCAAAGUAAAGAACUCACUUUGAUGAAUCAGUGUUGAACAGGAUUGCAUAAAAAACUUAAUUUGACACCAUUGGGUUUCCACAGGUACACAGUGGAAAUAUUAAUACUGUUAAUUGUCCAACUUGGCAAAGUAUGCAAACUUUUUCAGGCAUUUCCUGCUGUUUAAGAAAACCCAUGGAUGUUUCAGUUGUGUUGAGCUGCUUUUUAAACCAAACAAAAAAAAAUAGUAUGUCCUGUAUUUAAUUUUAAAAAAAUCAAAACGUAAUUGAUGUGUGCCAUAUUUUUAUGUAGUUUGUCACAUGAAAUUCAGGAUAAAAGAAGAAACUUUUGAGGCAUUGGUUUUCUUUGUCUUAAACACGUCUAUUUGUCUUGCCUUUGGAACUACUAAUCUCCUGCAAACAUUAUGAAGCAAUAACGAAGCCAUGUGUUUUAUCUGAGAAACCGCUAGUGGCAGAAAUGAAGCAAUGAUUUUUCUAAAGGCUUAAGAAUCUAAUUCCUACUCAGUGUAUCCAAUUACCAUGUAGGUUACUAAUAAAGAUCUCACAUAUACCAUGAUCAUAAAAUAAAAAGCAUGUAAAAAGAUCUGGUUAUUUUAUAUACAUUUUUACAAAGAAUUGGGUGCUUUCCACCUGCUUACAUUGUACUCCAAGCAAGUAACUCUUUGCUGAGAAUAUGCCAUAUUAAAAUAAUAUUUGCAAAUAUUAGGCGAGAGGAAACCUCUAUGGUUUUGAUUGAGAAACUGAUAUUCAAAACAACAUUUCCUCUGCUGAUAUUACAUAAUAUAAAAUCACUAACUUUCUUAUAUUUUCAGACGGCUUCAUUUUUACAAUUAAAUUUGAGUUAUUUAAAUAUACUCAAAUUCCGAUUUAUAAUUCUUCAUUUAUGUGUUGUAUUUUUGUCACUGAGUAAACUCAACUGCGUCCACGUUUGGACAAUAUUUAGAACUUGUUAAUGUUUUAAAAAUGCCUUCUGUCCUUGCACAAAUUGAAACUUGGGAGCCUAUAAACACUAAAGCUCCUUUUCCCUAUUGGCUGAUAUAUGUUUGACAGUUCCCAUUAGCCUCUCUGUAAAGUAUUUUGACUCAAUAAAACAUGGUCUCUAGGUACACAUCCUGCAUACUUAAGCUAUUUUAAACUGUCAGCUUCAUCUGCAAGAAACUGCAAUUUAAAGAACACUUUAAAACAAAACUGUACCACUUCAAAUGGCUACAUAAAAGAUAAUGGAAGGACAGUUUAAAUCAUUUCAUUCUACACACACGCACAACGAAAUGUAAUAUUUUUCCCCCUGGUAAUCGAAGAAUGUUUACUUUGGCUUUAGCAACUUAGCUAAAUAUUCAGAAAAUAGCAUUGUAAAUAACUUUAAUUACUUGUGGAAUUCUACAAAGGAAUGUCUGACCCUGAAGCAACCAUGAAAUAUCCAUGCCCUAAUAUUUUGUUUAAUUGCUUCAUAAAUACAAGUAACUGUGUCUGUUUUGUAAAAGUCAGUAAAAAUAUGCAUCACAAACCA